GGAGUGAAAUUGAGAGUGGAAGGUUGAGCCAGAGAGAGGGGUCCAGGGUGGGGAAGCUAGUGUCUAACAGACCUCCGACAUUCACAUCACUGACUCCUCUGCCUUGGAAAUAGCUGCCGAUAUGAGGACAGCUUCUGCAUCAUGGAUAUUCCUGACAACCUUUUUUCUGUGGAAUGCAGAAACAGAAAGCAAGGUGUAUUAUGGAUGUGGUGCUGUCAUGGACCCUACAGGUAAAGACCUCAUAAUGUCUCCGGGCUUCCCUAACAACUACCUUCCUGGCUCUCAUUGUUUGUGGCAGAUUUUCAUACCUCCUGGCUCCAGCAUAGAGAUGGAAACUCUGGACUUUGACAUAUAUGAGAGUACAAGUGAGAGUGAUCCAGCUACCGGCUUUUCAUCUUCUGACUUUAGUUACCAUUUAGCUCACAAAAGAGCUAUGGAACAAACUACUUUGCCAAAUGAUCUAGAAGUGGUUUCAUCAGAACAGUCGGAUUACCCAUAUGAGGCCUUUAACAAGGUUAUUACUCCAGAGAGAUGGGAUGGGAUGAACAAUGGCAUAAAGUCCAUAUUAAAAUCUCAAAUUUUGAACAGCAACCAAAAUACUUUGAGUGAAGGGCCAGGUACACCACGAACAGGGCUGCUUUCUAUAGUUACACAGAAUUCUGAUGGGCCUUCUCCAAACUACAACAAACCUAUGAAUCUUCUGGCCUCCACUUCUAAAGUAACAACAAAUGUCUUUCAGCAGGUGAGUGAAGAUGCAACAUCCCCAUCUAUAAACAUUGGAACUGACCCCUUCACUACUUUGCCUCCAGUGCUGGAUGUUUGCCCGCUGGAUGUCCUCUACAUCACCGACCUUGUCACUUACUCCUCACGCUUUUGUGGAUCAGAUUCUCCCCUAAACAAAAAUCUGACCUUUGGGUCUCCUGUUGAAAUGACUGAGGUGGUUUUGGAGCUAAUUACAACCACCAACCGUGGCCGAGGUUUUGCCCUUCUCUUCACUUACCAUAACCAGUCACUGGUGACUGCACUGGGUGUUCAGGAGAGCCGUGCAAGGGAAAAUAUUGUGCUACUAGCUGUGGUUGCUGCUGCAAUUUCAUUUAUUUUCAUCUUGGUGCUGGUGCUUUGCUUGUCUUAUAGGCAGAAGAUAUGCCCCAAGAGAGAGCAAAAUGACAGCCGGGUCAGACAAGUGACAACUCAGGUGAAUGGAAUUCAAAAUACAGGCUUGGAUGUUAAUGAACUACAGCUGGUAGUGACAGAAGAUCUUCAUAACAGGGUUCUGGAGUCUACCAGUCAAGCUGCAGAUGUUUCUCAGCAGAUGCACCAUGAAGAUCCCACCUCGUCCACAAUCACAGUGACUGAUUCCCACAGUGAUGACGUUUUUGUAAUCUCAGCUGGAGAUAAAGCAGACGUUUUCACUUUCAACACAUAUGCACUACAGGAAGGAAGCCUAAAGAGAAGUGUAACUAGCCCUGCUUCUGUGUGCGAUUGGCUAACUGCAGAUUACACUAGUGUUGAUCUGAGUGGGGAUGACAAGGCCGGUGAAGUAGAAGAAGCGGAUGCAGCCAGACAGAGGACUUGGAGUUCCCGUGCCUUUAACAGUCUCUUGCCUCAACUACAAAUGAAAUGGCGAAGCCGGUCCUCCAGCGGUUCCUUCACCAAACUGGUAGACAGUUGUUGCACAGCACCUGCCAAGAGUCUUAAUCCUAAGAAUCCUAGGAGAGUUGGUUCUGCUGCUCAGAUAGGGGAAAAUUCCACUCAUCUUUUCUCAGAGUCUUCUGACAGUAAUGCUUCUUACCCCCUUACACAGUCAGCAAAACUUCAGCGAAAACUCCCACCAUGUAAUCUCAGAAGGACACGCCCAUACUUUGGGCUACUAAAUGAAUCUUCUGAUUGUGUGCGUUCAGGCCAAAAGCCUUUAAGUGUGAAGGAGAACCACACCCCCUGCCAAACAUCUGCCAUGGAGUUUACAAGCUCGUCUAAAACAACAACAACAACAGGCAAUGGAUUCCGAGCCAAAGAGCUCUCGCUGGAUUUUGAGACUCCAAACACAGUUUUUGUUAUCUGUGAAGAGGCAGAUGACCAGCAGCCUUUGGUAUUUGAUGACCAACUCUCUCCGGCCACAGAGUGUCCGCCCAAAAAGCAUGAUGGGUACACAGCAGAUGAGUGCUACCCAGCAUCCGUAAAGGCUUGCUCUCAUGUAAACACACGGAAAAAUUCAGCGGGAGAUUCCACUAUUCAUUGCAUGGAAAAUAAAAUGUCUUUAGGUUCAGCUUGGAACUUAACCAGUCAAUGCACUACAGUUGUUGGUAGACAGAGCUCUGCAGUCUGUACAAAUUUUCCAUCCACACCAAUAGGAUUAGUUGCAGAAUGACUGAACUUUUUAUGCUCAAAGACUUUAUAAAUUACACCACCCUGAAACACAUUCAAAGGAUUUGGGAAGUCUUACCACCAAUAUUCAAUGACCUUAAAUAAUCCCAUCUACUCCUGACCAACAUAUUUUCCUGUGCUCACUCUAUAUGAGACUGCCAAUUAAAGCACUGAAAAAAGUGGGGGAAAUCCAGUGCCAAAUACUGUGUUGAAAGGAAAGUAAGUGCCAGCUUUAACACUUUUUUUUUUUUUUUCUAUGGCAUUGGGAUGUAAACCACUCCUUUUCCAUCUUCACGUGCCUUCAUUCCUUCCUUGCUGACAGUGUUAAAUUCUAUUAACUUUUCAAAUUGAAACCGUUCUGCAUUGUACCACUUUUGAUAUAUGAUCGUUAUUUCAUACUACGCAGCUAAUCCUUGUGAUGUUUUCUCUGUCACACACAUGGCGUUAACGAGAAACUGCUUUGGCAGAAAAGUAGAACUAGAUGGCAUUUGGUUUACGUUGCAGACAAUUUGUUGUUGAUCAUAUCAUGCAUUUUUCCUAAAUUAUAAUUUUUAUUUGCCUUUUUUGGAUUAAUUAUCAACUUGCACAAGAAAACACAGUGGACAUUAAAUCACAUAUUGUAACCGCACAGGAAAAAUAGGAAAGUGAAAUUUGUAUCACAAACGCAACACUGAGUUAAAAGUUCCUGCAGCCCUAUACGAUGCCACUGGAGAGGGCACUCCUGUCACUGUGCACUCGGUUUUCUUCUGGAGGAACAUUCUGCCAGUAAUGUACAUUGGUCACUUGCACAUUGUGGUUUUGCACCUCUGAUGCUUCAUUUUAUGUAUUAUGAAUGCUUAUAUCUUGUUGGACAGACAAUGUAAAUAUUCAGAAUACCUACCAACAGUGGACCAACGCUUUUCUGUAUUAAACAUUGUAAAUUACAGUCAUUUUAGGGAAUGCACAUUCCACACCAUAAUCACUAAUGUUUAGGGUUUUUUCAGUUAGUGAUGCAUAUUCAGCCUAAAUUCCUUCUAACGUUGAGUGUAUAGCUGCUGAAUUGAAAAGCCCCCUAUAUUAUGUAGUUUGCAUAAUAAUUUUCAGGGCUGUUUCAAUUCACAAUGGUGGUUAUUUACACAGAUCUAGCACACAAACUGGUCUGCAAAUAUACCUUUCUAUGGGAUUGCAAUCAGCCCACGACCCCUGUAGUAAAUACUUAACCGAUAAUAAAAUAAAAACAAGCACAAAAUUGUAUUUUUGGCAAAAUGUUAAUGGCCGUGGCACUCUAUUGGUAUAAAAUAAAAUACAAUUCAUAAAUAUAUAUUAAAUAUUAUUAAAUAAAUAUCAUCAAUUCAAAUAAAUCUAUAAAUAUGUCAGCUCAGUUAUUGGAACUCGAGCCAAAACAAAUUUUAAACAUAAAACAUCCCCCCCCGGAAAUCCGGGGUGAUUUAAAACACAUAAGUGCCAACGACAGGGG